AUGUUUAAUAUUGUUGGUGACAUUCCGCUCAAAGAAGAAUCAAUAAUCGCAAUUUCAAACAAUUGUAAAAAACUUAAACGUUUAGAAAUAGCUGGAUGUAUUAUAGUACCAUCUGUUGUUAACAAGCUUGAAGAUAGUACAAUUAUUGCUGUUGCUAAUAAUUGUAAAUACCUAAAAAGUUUAGAUAUCCGAGGUUGCAUGGCGAUUACUGAAACAGCUCUUGUUGCUUUGACAAACUUGGAAAAUUUAGAAAAACUAGAUGUAAGCUUUCUUGAUAUAAUUACAGACAGCUUCAUUAUCAAAUUGAAGAGAUUGAAAGAAUUGCAUUGUGGUGAAUGCAAGGAACUUACUAUUAUACGAGUUAUAAAAAAUAUUCCAGAUCUUGAACUUCUUGAUGUUUAUUGA